GGGGCCGUAGGACCGCUCUCCCGUUGCGCAUGCGCGCGCUCGGGCGGCGCGGGGUCUGGGUCUGGGGAUGUGGUACCGGCCGCUGGCGGCGGCCGGCAGUAUAGCGGUGGCCGGGCCACUGGCCUUGCUGUGGCGAUGUGGUGGUCCAGGAGGCAGCAGGACGGCCAAGACCAGCGCGAGGGCCCUGGGCACGGCCCGGCAGUGCCUCCGAGGGAUCCACUUUCAGAAACCGACUCUGCAGGCGAGAUCAACGUUUUUUUCCUGGUGGCUGUGUUCAAAACCACCCAAAGGUGCCUGUCUUUCAUCUACCAUCGUUAGCAGCAUGAGGUUUACAGGAACUGAGUGUGACUUUUACAAGACUGGUGAGCCAAAGAAUGCCGAGCCUGGGGGAGAUGGAAGCAGGAGAGGAGGGAAGCGGGAUGACGUUGCCUGGUGGAGGCGGAUGCAGAAGGGGGACUUCCCCUGGGAUGACAAGGAUUUCCGCAGUCUGGCCCUUUUGGGGGCAGGUGUUGCCGUGGGAUUUUUCUACCUCUAUUUUCGAGAUCCUGGAAGAGAAAUCACUUGCAAGCACUUUGUACAGAAUUACCUGGCCAGAGGUCUGGUGGACCGGCUGGAAGUCGUGAACAAACAGUUGGUGCGUGUUAUUCCUGCCCCUGGGACCUCUUCUGAGAAGUUCGUGUGGUUUAACAUUGGCAGUGUUGACACCUUUGAGCGGAACCUGGAGUCUGCUCAGUGGGAGCUGGGGAUUGAGCCCCCCAACCAGGCAGCAGUGGUCUACACCAAUGAGAGUGACGGCUCUUUAUUGCGAAGACUGGUGCCCACCCUUCUCCUGGUUGGCAUUCUCCUCUAUGCUGCCAGGAGGGGCCCUAUGGGAGCCAGGCGCAGUAGACGAGGAGGGGGCCUCUUCAGUGUUGGUGAGACAACAGCCAAGAUCUUAAAGAGCAACAUCGAUGUGCGAUUUGCGGAUGUAGCUGGGUGCGAAGAAGCCAAAUUGGAAAUUAUGGAAUUUGUGAAUUUCCUGAAGAAUCCCAAGCAGUAUCAGGACUUGGGAGCAAAAAUUCCAAAGGGAGCAGUGCUCACUGGUCCUCCUGGUACCGGCAAGACCCUUCUUGCCAAAGCAACUGCAGGGGAGGCCAGUGUGCCCUUCAUCACUGUGAACGGGUCCGAGUUCCUGGAAAUGUUUGUUGGCGUUGGGCCAGCAAGGGUUCGUGACAUGUUUGCAAUGGCCCGAAAAAACGCUCCAUGUAUCUUAUUCAUUGAUGAGAUUGAUGCGAUUGGCAGGAAGCGAGGCCAAGGGCACUUUGGAGGCCAGAGUGAGCAGGAGAACACCCUGAACCAGAUGCUCGUGGAGAUGGACGGGUUCAACUCUGCCACCAACAUCGUGGUGUUGGCUGGCACCAACCGCCCUGACAUCCUGGACCCAGCCCUGAUGCGGCCUGGCCGAUUUGAUCGCCAGAUUUACAUUGGUGAGCCCCCCGACAUCAAAGGCAGGUCCUCCAUCUUUAAGGUCCACCUGCGCCCACUGAAGCUGGACGAGAGCCUCAAUAAGGACACCCUGGCGAGGAAGCUGGCAGUGCUCACCCCAGGCUUCACUGGUGCUGAUAUUUCGAAUGUUUGCAAUGAAGCAGCCCUGAUUGCUACCCGGCAUCUGAGUCCUUCUGUUGAGGAGAAACACUUUCAGCAGGCCAUCGAGAGGGUCCUCGGAGGUCUUGAGAAGAAGACCCAGGUCCUGCAGCCUAGUGAAAAGACAACUGUGGCCUACCACGAGGCCGGACACGCGGUGGUGGCCUGGUUCCUGGAGCACGUGGACCCCCUGCUGAAGGUGUCCAUCAUCCCCCGGGGCAAGGGGCUCGGCUAUGCACAGUACCUGCCCUGGGAGCAGCACCUCUAUAUCCGGGAGCAGCUCUUCGACUGCAUGUGCACGAUGCUCGGGGGCCGGGUGGCCGAGCAGCUGUGCUUCGGGCAGAUCACUACGGGGGCUCAGGACGACCUGAGGAAGGUCACCCAGAGUGCGUAUGCCCAGAUUGUGCAGUUUGGGAUGAGUGAGAAGCUGGGCCAGGUGUCCUUCGACUUUCCCCGACAAGGCGAGGCCCCAGUGGAGAAGCCGUACAGUGAGGCAACCGCCCAGCUCAUUGACGAGGAGGUCCGGUGCCUCAUCAGCGCUGCCUACAAGGGCACCCUGGACCUGCUGACACAGUGCCGGGAGCAUGUGGAGAAGGUGGGCCAGCAGCUCCUGGAGAAGGAAGUGCUGGAGAAGGCAGACAUGCUGGAGCUGCUGGGCCCUCGGCCCUUUGCGGAGAAGUCUACGUAUGAGGAGUUUGUAGAAGGCAUGGGCAGCCUGGAGGAGGACACGUCCCUAUCCGAGGGGCUGAAGGGUUGGAACUGGGGACAGGAGGAGGAGGACAUGGAGCAGCCUGUGCAGGGGAGCUCUGCAUAGCCUGUGGCGGUGCCUGCACCUGCUGCUGGGUGGAAUUCACGUGACUGCCACUUACCUGGGACCUUUGCAAAGCAGCUGUGGACUCUCACCCAAAACAAAUUAAAAUGUGACAACUGUGAACGGGUGUUUUAGAUCAGGGUGCUCUGAGCCCACAUGCAGGGAGUGGGAGUGGACAGAGGGGGUACCCUGAGUCCCUGGGUCCUGCUGCUGGAGGACAGUCGGGUCCAGGGUUAGAUGGGAGAGGCCCCAGGGCUCUGGCCCCUGUGGUGCUGAGGCUGGCAUGAGUGUAGCUUCAAGAGGGACUUGGUGGGGCACCUUCCGUGGAGGCGUGUUGAUGUGGCCAUAAAGUCACUCAGAGGAGCCUGGGCCCAGCACAGAAACCCUCACAGUUUGGUGGAAUUCAGAAAAGGAGAGCGUCAGCCAGGUAUCAAGGGUGAGUCAGGUUUCUAAAGCAGCUGUUUGGAUUGGUGGAAGCUGAUCUGUUGAUCUGUCCUUAAAAAGGAUUAAAAAGGAAAGUCCACACCACCCACAGGUGCGUGGCUGAGGCGGGAGGAGGAGCUGUGGGGCCUCAAACCUGGGUUCCUCAUCCGGGCACCCCCCACCCCCGCCUGCACCUUGGCUCCGUGGCAGCACUGCUCCGAG